AUGUACGGUCAGUGUGAGUCACGUGACCUGAGCACACGUGGCCGCGUUCUUCCGGGUUUCCUAUCGCGCUGUCAACUAUUGGUUUGUUUAUCCCCUGUAUUUACGUAUUUAUACUACUUUAUUCUUCUUUUUUUGCCCGUUCUUCGAUGUCUUGAACCUUCGAAGCAGUUGUUUAGAAACAUGAACAAUGAAAACUUCAGCCUCAGUGAGAAGAUUGUGUCGUCCUCCUACAUUAGACAAGGCUCAGAGGCGCGACGCAGCCAUGAGCAACUCAUCAGACAACUGCUGGAACAGGGCAAGUGUCCUGAGCAGGGCUGGAGCGAGAGCACGAUUGAGCUGUUCCUCAGUGAGUUGGCCCUGAUGGACAGCAAUAACUUCCUCUCAAACUGUGGAGUGGGAGAGCGGGAAGGCCGAGUCGCGUCCGGUCUCGUGGCCCGACGACAUUACAGACCCAAAGCUCGCUUCAUCCUCUGGCCUCGCAUCGACCAGAAGUCCUGUUUCAAAGCCAUGAUCACUGCAGGGUAUGAACCAGUUGUGGUGGAAAAUGUUCUUGAAGGUGACGAGCUCCGCACUGAUGUUGAGGCAGUAGACCGAAAGAUCUUGGAGCUCGGAGCCGAAAACGUCCUGUGCGUUCACUCGACAACUUCCUGCUUCGCUCCACGCACUCCCGACAGGCUUGAAGAACUUUCUGCUUUGUGCUCUAAACAUGACAUUCCACACAUCGUCAAUAAUGCUUAUGGGGUACAGUCAUCGAAGUGCAUGCAUCUGAUUCAGCAGGGCUCCCGAGUUGGAAGAAUAGAUGCUUUUGUACAGAGUUUGGACAAAAACUUCAUGGUUCCAGUAGGAGGUGCCAUAAUUGCAGGAUUUGAUGAGACGUUCAUACAAGACAUCAGCAAAAUGUAUCCAGGUCGUGCCUCUGCCUCUCCUUCUCUGGACGUCCUCAUUACUCUUCUCACUUUAGGAGCCAGCGGCUACAAGAGGCUUCUCUCUGAGAGGAAGGAGAUGUAUUCAGUUCUAACUCAAGAGCUCAAAAGUCUGGCCUCUGCCCACGGGGAGAGGCUACUGCACACCCCUCACAACCCCAUUUCACUGGCAAUGUCGCUGAGUGGAUUCCAAGGCGACAAUGACAAAGCCGUGACGCAGCUGGGAUCCAUGUUGUUCACGCGGCAAGUGUCUGGAGCCCGAGUCAUACCCCUGGGAAAGGAGAUGACCAUCGCGGGACACACUUUCCGCGGCUUCAUGUCCCAUUCGGAGGCGUAUCCCUGCCCCUACCUGAACGCAGCCUCAGCCGUGGGCAUCAGACGGGACGACGUGACCCUGUGCAUCAAGAGACUGGACAAGUGCCUCAAGACGCUGAAGAAACAAGCAGCUAAUAAUGAUCCUUCUGAGCCACCGUCCAGCCAGGAGCACUGUGAGGCGGCAAUGGACUCAUUAUCAAUGGGACAAUAA